CUUCUUUUCCAUCUUCUUUCAAGUUGUAGUGGAUAAAAAUGGCAUUAGUAAGACGCUUUCUGUUUAGUCGAUGUCUAUCACAAAAGACAAGUGGACUCAACAAUGUAUAUCAAGCUUAUUUUCAAUACUCUCAACUACCCACUUUUCAAGUGAAGCGCUGUGAGCCAGAAGUGGUUGUCCCUGCAAAGCCAACACCUCUAGAAGUUAAGAAACUCUCAGAUAUUGAUGAGCAUAGAAUACUGUUUCCUAUGAUCUGGUUUUACAAGAAUAAUAGAGGGAAAGACCCUGUUAAGGUGAUCAGGGAAGCACUCGGUAGAGUUCUAGUGUAUUACUACCCGUUAGCUGGAAGGCUCAAGGAAGGAUCAGACAGGAAGCUAAUGGUGGAUUGCAAUGGUAAAGGGGUCCUGUUCAUAGAAGCGGAUGCAGAUAUCAAGCUUGAUCAACUAGGCCACCCAAUUCAACCUCCAUUUCCAUUUCUUGAUGAGGUUCUAUAUAAUGUUCCAGGUUCUGACAAUAUUUUGGGUUCUCCUUUGUUGUUGGUUCAGGUCACUCGACUCUUAUGUGGAGGAUUCAUUUUAGCACUACGUUUAAAUCACACAAUGCUGGAUGGAUUUGGGCUGCUUCUGUUCAUGAACGCAUGGGCAGAGAUGGCAUGUGGAGCACAACAUCCGUCUAUUCCACCUGUUUGGAACCGUGAUCUUUUAGAUGCUCGAAACCCACCAAGAAUAACUCGUGUCCACCAUGAAUUCCAACAAGGAAUCAACGAUGAUCAAAUAGAUAUGGAUACGACCCAAUUGGUCAACCGCUGUUUCUUCUUCGGUCCCAAUGAAAUAAUGGCGAUUCGAAAGCAUCUUCUUCCACAUCAUCCACAUCUUUCUUCUUCCUCCACCAAGUUCGAGCUGAUAACGGCUUGUAUAUGGAAAUGCAGAACACUUGCACUGGAUUUGGACCCAGAAGAGGUUGUCCAAGUUUCCAUCGUAUUCAAUGGAAGAGGCAAAGAUUCUUUGGACCUGCCCUUAGGAUACUAUGGUCCUGUUGUUGCUUCCCCUUCUGUAGUUUCAAAGGCUGGAGAUUUGUGCGGUAAGCCAUUGGGAUAUGCGGUUGAAUUGGUGAGAAAGACCAAAACAGAGAAUAUGGAUGCAGAGUAUAUUAGGUCGGCUGCAGAUUUUUUGGUGACUAAAGGAAGGCCUGGUUAUAAACUCAGAGGGAAUUACUAUGUUUCUAAUAUAACUCAUCUUGGAUAUGGAGAUGUUGAUUUUGGAUAUGGUAAAGCGGAAUAUGGUGGACCUCCUAAAGCAUAUGUUGUGGGUUGUUAUCAUGUAAAGCAUAGAUAUAAAGGUCAUGAUGGGUCUUUAGCGAUGAUUUGUUUGCCAUUUUUGGCUAUGGCACGGUUUCAGAAAGAGCUGGAGAAGAUUAUCAAAUGAGGGGUCUAGUAACAUGAUGUCCAUGACAUAAGGAAACUAGCUUUGUGAACUGCAAGAAGUUUCUUUUUCAAUAGGCUAUGAUAAUUUCAGUUUAAUCAAUAAAAUAAAAAUUUCUCGUUUACUUUGGUACAUCUAAUGUUAUUUUUUGUCACUAAAGUUGCAACUGUUUUUGGCUAGAAAGCUUUUGCGAAAUAAUUCCAAGAAUCUAAUAUAAAGGAAUGGCUGCACUAAUAAUUCAAGAUUCUAAAAUAUUAGCUUGAAAAUGAAGCUAAAACCACCCUCGUGUUCCUCUUACAGUUGCAUCUACAUAUAUAAUCAGACAACGUUCAAUAUUAUAUAUCAAAGUUGUAAGGCGGAGAAAUAUAGGCAUAUAAGCUUUUCGAAAUGAAAAGUAGCCAUUUGUUGAACAUUCACUAUAAUGGUUUAGAGCCACCACAAAAUCCUAAGCAUGGAGCUCUUCCCACUAAUGGUGGAUAUCCUCCUGCCUCACCUCCAGGGUAUUACUAUUAUCCACCACAGCCAUUUUCAGGAUAUAAUCCUCCACCGCCACCACCGGCAUAUUAUGCUUAUCCCAGCCGCUGGAAUGGCAAAUAUGAUAACAGCGGUCAACAGAAGAUUUCUCAUAUCAACAAUCAAACUAGUGGAAAGAAAGGAAACUGCAAUUAAAGCAAUCAGAUUUGGCAAAUCAAAGGCAAAGAAGAAAGAGUUGUGUCAAAGCAAACUAUAUAUAUAUAAAUGUAAAUGUAUAUAUGUAUAUGUACAAGCAAUUUAAGAAAUAAUUUCUGAUGUCAACUCUCUACCUUUUGUUUUGCAUUGCAGAAGAAAUCUUUUAUUUACAAAUACAUAAAUUUAUGAGAAGAGUCAUUUUCCUAUAUAUGUUGCAGAAAUUCUAUAAUUGGUUGCAGAUCCACAAAGUUAGUUGUUGUCCACAAAGUUAUGAGCAACAGAUUCAAUGGUUGCAAAAGGCAUACACCAGCAAGCAAUCAAUUUUGUUUGUGAGUUAACAUUUACAUUCCUCAUCAGGCUUCAGCAGCCAUAUAAGCAUAACCAAGUUCCUCAAUGUGGAACGCAAGGCAAAGAAAGCAAUAUUUUGGGUCUAUCUAACUGAGACAAUGACAAGCAAAGAAGUGAAACGUCGGUUGAGAGACACUGUUGAACAUGGAUUUGAUAAACUGCACAGGAUAGCUUAUGUUGUUACCUUUCCUUUAGCUCCUCUGGAUGGUGCUAUCCAUAGAAUUUCUCAAGACAUUCUUAACUGGAUCACUGAUAACAAUCCUGAAGACAGAGCCAAUGGUCACAACCAUAACCACAGCAAAAGUUCACAUCCACCAUAGUAUCUGCCACAAUGCUGGAUAUCCCUAUGACUAGCCAAGUUAUCAAAAUGGGAAAUAUGAUAACAGCAGUCAGCCAAAGAUCCAUGGCAGUGAGACUAUAGCUGAAAACAAUAAGGGAAAUGAUGAUGGAGCUGUCAGGAUUGGCAACUUUGGUCGGAUCUAAGAUUUCAAGUAUAUUACCAUAAAGGCAUGUACAAAUGGAAGAUGUUGCUUAGUAUCUGUACCUCUUUUAUGUAGUAAACUCGUUAAAAUAAGAGCUUGAACUUGAAGUGUUAAUAUACAUUAUAGCUGUUAAAGUAUGACUCUAGGCAUCUCUUUGUGUAUUUUGAUAUGAUAUUCAGAGUUAAUUUCAUCAAACAAUCCAAAAUAAUAUUCAGCCGCAGUUUGAUAUUAUGUGUAAUUAUAAGAAUGUUAACUUUCCCUUAGUUCUCUACUCUAUCUUCUCCCCAUUUUUCUCUCAUCGGUAUGUAUGUGCUUUGAAAUCUCUUUGAUAAAUAUGCAAACAGAUUAUGUGCACUUUUUAUGAGAUGGUUAAGAUCAAACAUAAUGCCAAAAAAUAAAGGCUGUGUUUCAGAUGGAGCCUAGACAUAGAAAAGUAUCCUAUAGCAAAUUCGCUCAGCUUUGAAAUGUUUAACAAAUAAUUAUGAUACUUGAAUUGUCAACCAUACUGAAGACACCGCCUAACCUCUGCAGAACAAAUGUGAAACGUAUGCAAACACAAUGGAGGAAGGUAGGAAAAUGGUUGAGUUAAAGUAAAAAAGUAACAAUGCAGGCAUAUAAAUGAUUACCAUCAUAACAUAUUUGUUAACCAUUGUUUAGGAUUGAUAAGGUCUUUGCUUUGGAGUUUAUACAAGAUUCUUCAACAUUUGUUCCUGAUAGACCAUUACCACUAAUGAAAAAAAUGAUACUUUCUUAACGAAGAAAAUUGGAACAAACAAUAAAUCAUGGAAAAGGAGGUAAAAAUAUUCUAUAUUCCUCUUCUUGUAACCAUAAAAGAGAGUUUCAAAAUAUUUUUGAAAAACAACAAGAUUUUUCUUUUGCAUUUGUUCCUGAUGGAAGAAUCCGACUAGAGAAAUGAUGCUUUCUUAAUUGCCAAAUUAAUUAACUUGGACAAAGAGUUAAUGUGAAGGCCAAUUGAUUUGUCAUUAAGCUUAAACAAAUUCCAUAUUCCUCUUCCUGAAACUACAAAUGGUCAAAAGGUUCACAAAAGUUACAAGAUAAUUGAUUCUUCUGCAUCUAUUCCUGAUGGAUAACUCCGCUAUAAAAAUGAUGUUUUUUAUUCCUGAUGGAUAACCCCACUAUAAAAUGAUGUUUUUAACUUGUAGAUAAAUAGAGUUAAAACUGGAGGUAAUAACAUUGCCUUUAAGAUUAUGAAGAUUAUGAAUUCCUGUUCCUAUAACCAUAAAAUUCCUAUAACUAUAAAAAGAUGGCCUUUCAGUGUCACAAUAGCAAAUAAUUAGAAUGAGAUAGACUUAAAAGGAGUGGAUACUAGCAAUCAUCAGGACGAAAGAAGAAGAAGCUAAAAAGAGACUAUUUAAACAAAUUUCAGAUUCAACCUAAUCCACUUUUAGUUAUUCUUCCAUGAUAUUAAUUAAUAAGUAAGACUAUUGAUAGUUAUAGAAGCACUAUACCAUUGAUAGAAACAUUUCACUUUUCAUAUAACAUGUUCUAGAAGCAAUGUAUUUAUAUAUAUAUAUAUAUAUAUAUAUAAUUUUUUUUUUCCUGCAAGAUUCAUUUAAAUCCAAUGCUUUUGGGAAAAAACAGAUUUUCAAGUACAUGAUUCUGAAUUAUAAAGUAUGUGAAUGUUAAAGGGGCUUUAGCUUUCCAUAUAUAUGAACACCUCGUAUUCCUCUUCAGGCUCAGCAACUAUAUAAAGACAACCAAGUUCCUCAAAGUGAACACAAGGCAAAUAAAGAAAGUAACACUUUGGCUCUAGCUAACUGAGACGAUGACAAGCAAACAAGUGAAAAAUCAGGUAAGAGAUAGUGUGGAACGUGGGUUCGACAGCCUGCACAGGAUAGCUGACGUUGUCACCUUUCCUUUAGCCCCCUUGGACGGUGCUAUCCAUGGAACUGCUCGAGGCAUUCUCAACUGGCUCACAGAUAACCAUCCUGAAGACAGAUCUAAUGGCCACAACCACAACAACGACCACCGCAAUGGUCCACCACCACCAGGACCACCACAGUAUCCGCCACAGCCACCAUACUAUCCGCCUCAGCCAUAUCCCGGAUAUCCCUCUGGCUACCCUGGUCGUCAAAAUGGGAAGUAUGAUAACAGCGGUCAGCAAAAGAUCCAUGGAAUUAAGAACAAGACUGGAAAGAAUAAAGGAAAUGACAAUGGAGCUGUCAAGAUUGGCAACUUUGGUCGGGUCUAAGCUUGUAUCAAGCAUACCAUAACGGCAUGCGUAAAUGGAGGAUGCUGCUUAAUUUCUGUACCUGUUUUAUGUAGUAAACAUGUUAAAAUAAUAGCUUGAAGUAAGCUGAAAUCUGAAGUAUGUAUACAUCCUUUUGAUAGCUUAAGUAAGCUGAAAUCUGAAGUAUGUAUACAUCCACCAUUUGAUAUAUAUGUACUAAAUACGUUAUCUAUGAUCAUUAUAAGCUGUUAAGUAUUA